UCACUACUGCUGUCGCACUGACACACCACACAUGUGUUUAAUGUUUAUUUUAUUACAGCGACAUGUUAUUAUAGUGUUUCUGCGUGUUCGCAGGUGUGACCGCGUCCUGCUGUGACGAUUUUCGCCGGAUUUUCCGAUCAAAAAGUUCACCACCACCCCACCGCCACCUGCCGAUUUCCAGGAUUGCCGUCCGUACCUAUACGCUGCACGGACAACGGCCGUCUGAUUCGCGAACCGAUAUAGAGGACGUGGCUGGCGAUAAGGGCUCAAAGCGUUUCGUACCUGUACAUUAAUAGCCGUUUGGAAGUCGUGGCCACAACGUCAUAAUCUCGUCUUCAGACCACCACCGCCGCGGUCGCGGUCGGUGACGUCGGGCGAUUAACCGUCGUCGUCGGCGGUUGCGCCGACCACAGGAGCUGCUGCCGCCGCCGCCGAGUGCCGAAGAAUCGCAGGCCAAACGACGACGGCGAUAAUAUCGUUCGUAGUGUCUUAGCGCCUCCGCGUACGCAAUACGGGAAGUGAGCGACGUCGACUUUGCAGGCGUCGCGGGACGCACACGAGCGCGGGCGCGCACGCGCGAGAGGUGUGCGCUGGGCGAAUGUCGCGUGCCGCCGCCACCGUCGAUAGUGAUAAUGCACCGCGGGUUUUGAGAGGUUCUCCGCCGCAGACGACGAUCGGAUGAUGAUCAGUUCGUGUCGCCGCCACGACGGUAAUAAUAACAAUUGUGACCAUUGCUGUUGUUGUUGAUAUUGCGAAACACCGUCGUCCAUCGGCGAAAUGAACACACCAGUCGGCUGCUGCCGUCUCCGCCGCCGUCGGUCUGUCGUCGUCGUUCGCGCCCUCGCGUCUCGGUCCGGGUCCGCUGCAGGUGGCGAUCAGGACCAGUGAUGUCAAACGCCAGAAAAACCAAGUUCGUGACCGUCAACGACUACACCUAAGUCAGUCCCCAUGGUGGUGGCCGACAGCGCCAUGUUGUCGUCGACAGCCAAGGAGGAGCUGCUGUCGUCCGCGGCGGACGUUUACCAGCCCCACGUCAACGUGGACGGUAUACCGCCACUGCCGACAGCACUCGGGCCACCGUCUGCGUUCCCCGGCAGUCCCUUGACGGCCAAGAAGCAGGCUCUCAAGUCUUUCGGCGAAAUCCAGAACCUCCUCGCUGCGGGCUUCCAGAAGGACGUCAAGAAAAUUCUCCGUGACAACUGCUGGCCGACCAACCAUCCUAUCAGGGCUCAACUAUGGCCAGCGCUUUGCAGACAACACGCGUCUGACAACAGCAACAACAUGCAAGAGGGAUUCUACUGGGAUCUUGUACGACAAUUGUUUGGGUCUACUGAUCUUCCAGAUAAACCAAUUAUUUUACCGACAUUUGUUGAGUCAAAACACAGACAUUUACAUCAUCUUGAUUCAACAGGCAAGAAUAUUACUGACAGAAUUGUUUGCGUGCUGGGGUUUGCUUGUCCAGACAUCACUUAUAGCCCUGCUAUAUACUCGUUAACAUCAUUGCUGCUACAUUUUAUGCCUGAAGAGGAAUGCUAUAAUAGUCUAACAAGCUUAGUUUCGUCCAAGAACUUAGUAUUUGUAACACAAACAAAAUUAUUAUAUGAAGUUACAUGGAAAACUGUAUUAAAUAUAUGUAGAAAACAUGUUAAAUCUGCUGCAGGGCACAUUGGGAAACAUUGUCCAGUAAAAAAAUCAGAAAAAAUGUACAUGGAUUGGAUUUGGUGGAUAUUUCAAGGACUACCAUUUCAUCAUGCAGUUCGUGUAAUGGAUUGUUAUCUUCACGAAGGCAUUAAAGUGUUAUAUCGUAUGGCAAUGGCUAUCUUGCAACUUUUUUACAAAUACUCAACUACAAGUAAUUCUAUUUGGGCCGAAGAAAUAAAUAGUCAUGGAGUAGACGUGGCUUUGAUGAAUUUUUGCCGUCAAAUGCCGGCAAAUCCACAAAAAAUGCUUAAAACGGCAUUUAAAAUUCGAGGUCUUAGUUCAGCAUACAUUCAUAGAGUUUUUGUGAAAACUGAGAUGAUAUUGAAGAGUAAAGUUGUUUUAUCUGGUUCCAAUAAAUUAAACCGUUCCUGUUCUAGUGAAAAUUUACCUACUAGUCAAUCUCAAAUGAAUAUUCAGAUGGCCUCUCAUACACUUACUAUUCGCGAGGGAGAACAUUCACCAAGCCCUCGUGCUUCCACGAUGGCCAGUUAUCCAAUUAACAAUAUCAGAUCUUUGAUAGCUAAUCAUCAGGAUCUUUUUACACUAUGGUCUUGGUUGCCAGUAAGGAUAACAAUGUAUCAACCAAUACUUCUUUACACAACUGAAGAGCAUGGCUGUAGCUUGACUACAUUCUAUGUUAGAGUUGAACACCAUGAACCAACACUUCUACUAAUAAAAACUUGCAAUAAUGAAGUUUUUGGUGCAUAUUGUUCUUCUAAGUGGAUCGAGAGAAACAAAAAGGAUGAUCGUGGAAAUAGACAAGCUUAUUUUGGUACUGGUGAGACAUUCAUAUUCAGUCUAUAUCCGGGUAAGGCAAAAUACCCAUGGGUUGGUAUGGAAGUUGAUAAUGUACAUCAUGCCAAUGAGCUGUUUAUGGCAGCUGAUCAAAAAAUGAUAACCAUCGGCGGAGGUGACGGUCAAGCAAUAUGGAUGGAUGAAAACGUCCGAUAUGGAAAAACAGAGGGUUGUUCUACAUUCAACAACCCACCAUUGUGUAAAAGUCGGGAUUUUGAAAUAAAAGUUUUGGAAGUCUAUGGUUUUGAUGGAGUGAUUCUUUAAAGCAAGUGGCAAUUCAACUCAAAAGUGACAAGUCUACUAGUCAUAUAUUUUUUUUUUAUACCCGUGGUUACUUAAUUAGUAAGUUAGAAUAAGUAAUUUUUGUAAUACAAAAUUCACGACAAUUACAGAAUUUUUGUUCCUGGAUUUUGAUACUAGGUACUUACUACAUAGUUAAUAAUUAUAACAUGUUUUGAGGUUGCAUGAGUACUUGAAUUUAACUAACAAAUUAGAUCCAAGUUUGAAUUAUUUUUUGAUUAAUGAGUACUCGGGUAUGCAAAAUAGCUCUAGUACUUAAAGUUCUAGUACAAAAUUUUUUAAACAUAUUUAAGUAUUUCAAUUAUUAAAAUAUUAUUAUCAUAAUAUGAUAUGGUAUAUAUUUUUUUAUUGCAAUAUAAUAAUAAUAACACCUUAAGUAUUCAUUGCUCGACGUAGAGUUGGGCUUAUUAAACUUUUCAUAAACAAUUGUCUGUUCCUGCAUAUUGAGUACCGUAAUUCACUCUAAAUUUUAAAAUAUGAGUGUGCAACUUGAAUAUUUAUAAAAUGUUAUUCUAUUGUCAUAUUAGUGAUAAAUACAGCCUGUUUCAAAAACUAAAAGCUUAAUAAUUAGAUCAAAAUAAUGCGUUUGAUCUAUAAUCAUCAAUAUAUUACAUUGUUGUAACAGAACUUUAUCCAAAAAUAAUUUAUUAUGGAUUUCAAAAUUGAUUGACAUGUUCAUAAUUUAAUGAUGGAGAUAAUAAUGUGUAAGUAACUUAUACGUUACUAAAACAAAAAAUUCCAUUGGAUUAUUUUAAUUCAGCCAUAUGUCUUGCGUUAUAAUGUCUCUAAAUGUGUUCAACAGUUUUUAAUCCUAGUUUUAAGAAAUAUGUUUGCCCACAUAAUUGAGUAGAAAUUUAAUUAAUCUUAUAAUAUGUUCCUGAAUAAAUUCUUUUUGGCAUUUAUAUUCAUUACAGGCUGUAUAUAAAAAAGUUUAGUCAGUAAAAAUUAUUUAAAUUAAUUGCUUAUGUUCAAACUAAAAAGUGUACUUAAUUAUUACUAAGAGUAUGUGUGUAUUUUGUUAAUAUUGACGCAACAGAAAAUUAUGGAUUAGUGUUAAACUACUUGUAUGCCUCUAACUAUUAUUAACUUUUAAAACAAGAAUCAUUAUUUUCUGUUGGAUAUAAUACAUAUAAUUAACGUAUUAUUGGUAUCGGAACAACAUAUAAAUCACCACUUAUUAAUUUUUACAUUUAAUUAAUACAAUUUCAUGAUUCCUAUUAAAUUUUUUAAGGUUCAUCUUUCAUCUAAAUAUAUUUUUAAAAAUAUAAUAUAAAUUUGAAACUGGUUUAUAAAUGUUCAAAAAUAUUCUUUCAUUUUAUCAAAAAAUAUAUAAAAGAGAUCUAUUACAUGUAUUGGUGAUUUAUCAAACAUAUUGGGUCGAUACUAAUACUAGGCGCGGAUUCAAGGGGACAUGCCCCCCCCCCACCGUAGACUCUGGCAAAUUUUCUAUUAUAUCUAUUUUCGGUAGCCAAUAAAAAAUGCAUUGUUUCGGCUGUAUCCGUUUUUAUCGGUCGCUGUCAAAAAUCUAAUCUAAGCUAAACUGGGAUUUAAAUAAAAAUAUUUACCUAUUAUCUUACAUAGUAUGUACAAUGUUUCUAUCAGACUUAAGCUGAAAUUUUAUUUAAAAUGCUCUCCCCCCGCCCCCCGUAAAUAUGUUCUAGAUCCGCGCCUGACUAAUACUAAUACCUAUAUUUGAUCACUUAUGUGUUGAUUAUGGGCAUAUGAUAUACAUAUUGGCAUGUGAAGCAUUUUUAAUCUAUUUCUUUGAGUAAAUUAUACAAAAUUACAAAGUGCUUUUUCAAAUUUACCAUUUCAUUAGUUUAAAAUGUUAAAUACUGUGUUCACUAGUUUUACGAUUCAGUUGAAUUUCUGGUUUGAGUAAUUAAACAUUAGAAUAAAUUUGAUUUUAAACUAUUCAUUUAAGAUUCGACCAGUACAUAAUAAACAAGUUCAUAUUUAUUGCAUUAUUUAUACAUUUUAUAUACGUUGUAGAACCGGUUUUGAACAAAAUUUUAUUCGGCAUAGGCUGUUUAGUGUAGGCAUAUAAGUGUGAUCUUAUUCUAAUAUUACUAUACCAUUUGUUACUAAAUAUCAAAAGUUUGUUUUCUUUUUUUUUUAAUAUUACAUAUUAUAUAAUAUAUUAGGCAUUAUUGUUUGCUCGGCUAUUUUGUUGUUACCAAGUUAAUUCCAAUAUUAUAUUUAUACAUCAAUAUCAUAAAGGAUAAAAUAGUGUGUUUGAAAUAUCAUGUUAGAUUGUGAUAUAAUUUGUGUUGAGUGUGAAAAAAAUAUACUACUUAUGUUGUAAAAUUGCAUUUUGCAUAUUAUAUUAAAUUAUUAUUAUUAUUAUUAUUAUUAUACGCUUAGACUGCUAUACUCAUAGACUAGUGAUGUAUACUAUUCAAUACCUAUAUCAUAUAUUAUAUUCAUUAUAGUUGACAUUAUUUAAUUACUAUAAUACAUAGUAGAUAUUCUCUAAUUUUUCCAUUGAGCUUUUUAGUUGUUUUAAGUAUACAUACUUGUUGACAAGAGCAUUUUAUGCGCACUCUCAUGUCGGUUUUAUUUAUAUGUUGAUUAAUUUUGUUAAGUUUUUUUUGUUAAGUAUAUACACCUAUAGCUUUAUAAUAUUGUGUUUAAUCGUUAAACAUUUAUGACAUGUAUACCUUUGUUAUUUUAUUUUUGUGUGAAAUAUGUUCAGUCUCCGGUAAAAUUGACGCAACACAACCUCCACCUUUUUACAUUCAAAACUUUUAUAUACGUUUUGUUAUAACUAUAAUUAAGACUACAAUAUCAUAUGAACUAUUAUUUUGAUAUGAAAAAAAAUGUUGGAUACCUAUAACACAAUUUAACAAUUCAACUUUGUUGCGACUUCUUUACCAGAGACUUCCAUUAGUUCCAACCAUAUUGUUAUAAUAUGUACAGUAGGAAAAUUUAUAAAAUGUGUUUUUUAUUACUAUUAUUAUUAUUAUUAUUAUUAUUUUUAAUAUUAUUAUUGUUUUUGAAGUCUAGUCGAGUCCUUAAGUGGCGCGUCUUUUUUAAUUCCGCCCAUUUUAUUAUACCCCUCUCAGCAAUGCAAUGUUGUUACCUUUUAAUUGUUUUAUAUAUCGUCGCCAUCUGUGAUAACAUCCAUAUUAUAAUAUAUUAUGUUUCUCCCCUCCAGUCGACCCCUAUUUUUAAAUGCAAGUUUUUACCAUGUUUAUUCAAUUUUCUUACAGUGAGUAGGCUUUACUCAAUUUUGGAUGUAUAACGCAUUCUAGUGAACGCUACAAAUGUGUUAUGUGUGUCCAUCCAGUAAGUGCCGAACAGAUUUUUAUUAUAUACCUCUCCCCACCAUUGACCAACUGUUAUACGCGUCAUUGCUGUUUAUUUCAUAUUGCUAUACUUAGCAUCUUACUGUACAUUUUUGUUACAAUUCACUAUGUUAUUAAUAUUAUAUUAUAUUGAUUCGAAAAGAUGAUAAUUUUGUUGUUUUUUUUUUUUUAGUUAUUUGUUACCAAUUUAGUAUUAUUAUAGACAUUUUAAUACCUUUAUACGCAUACAUAAUAAUAUAGUAUCUGUACAUAACAUUAGGCUGUGUACUUUUUGAAAUGUGUGAGUUAGACCACAAUGUAUUCGAACUAAAUAAAAAUUAAAUUUUGAUUAACAGUAUAUUCAUCAUA